CCAGCCACCCCCGGAAAGCACUAAAGUAGUGCCUCUGCUCUCUUCCCUGGGGCUGUCUGGCCUUAUCUUCUAACUUAUUGUUUCCCGCUAUUUUUCUGCGCUGUUUGAGUUCCAUCCGUUGGCUUGUUUCAUCUUGGCUCAAUUCCCGUCGCGUAUACCGGAGUUUGCGUGCAUUGCAUCCCGUGGCUUCAAAACUAGUCAUUGCCAAUGAUUCAAAGUUCAUAAGUCCUUUAUCAAAACCAACAGAAAUACCAUCUCUCGAAUUGUCCUACUCGGUUCCGCUCCUUCCUCUCGACCACACGAGACACUCCCAAGCCCUCGUGGCUAUUCCAUCGCUCCCUAGACUCCGCCAGUCCCGUGUUGUACAUCGCACCUCGACUUCCACGGCGCCUUCAUUGAUAUAUUCCGCCUGCGAUACUAUCGACCUUCAUCUAUCGUUGUAAUAAACUUGCCUUGACAUAUCGCCUUGCUACGGCCAUUCGCACUCGACCAUGGCCACUCCCGCUGCCCUUCCGCCGCUACCCUUCAACCCGUCCAGGGUACGAUCUUACGUCCUCCGCCUACCGCUUUUCACCCGGCUCGUACUUCUAGCGAUUAUUUUAUUCUGGCUACUGGAGCUUCAGACAAUCUGGAGUGUGGUACAAUGGGGCUCCGUGAUACCAGAGGAGGUUGGAUUCGGCACUAUGUACCGUCUUAACACCUACCCUUUCAUCCACUUGGGAUUCUUCCAUGCCUUCUUGAAUAUACUGGCGCUCACGCCCUUGUUGGAGCGCUUUGAGGCCGAGCAUGGCACAUUGACCGCCGUUGCGCUGUUCAUUGGGCCUCUUUCUACGCUCCCUGCAGGCAUUUAUAUUCUGAUUGAGAAGUUUGUUUUGCAUAGGAAUACUGCGGUCGUGGGUUCAAGUAUCUGGGUCUUCCUUCUCCUGGGCUCCGAGGCCAUUCGGACCUUCAAAUCAAACCCCUACUUUAGUCUCGGGUCGACUAAAAUUCCCACGUGGACGUCGCCCCUAUUCGCAUGCGCUCUUGUCUCGAUUCUUGUGCCGAACACCAGCUUCCUUGGCCAUCUAUGCGCUAUCCUGGUCGGAUACUUGCUCGGCCUUGGGGUCCUCAAGAUUUUCGUUCCCCCGGAGAAGGUUCUGAGAUGGAUUGAGGGCAAGCUCAAUUUGCUCGGAAGACUGCCACACUACGUGUCAGUGGAUCAGAAGACGUACGGCCGUUAUGGAGUCCUUCCCACGACUACCACCGGCGGAGAAAGGGGAACCCCGAUGAGCUUCCUCGGCUCAUCGCAACGCCUUGAUCUCAUGGCCUUGAAAUCUGCGAUCCGCAAAGUGCGGAGUAACCCUCACUUCCUCUUCGUGCACUUACCGCACAUCCUCUCCUUCAUCUGCAUCGUCGCCGGCGUUGUUUGGCUCCUCCUACUCCCCCUCAACGAUUACUCCCGACAGACCUACAUCUCCGAGAACGCGCUCCUGCCGGGUCAAGUCCACGCCUAUUUCUCCGGUAGCGAGCAGCACAUCUUCCGCGGAUACAAGAAGGAGCUAGAGGGGGUACUUGAAGGGCAGACUGCCGAGGGACAGGAAGCAUGGAAUGAUGCCUUUACUCCUGCUGUGUCGGAUAAGAUUCAAUCGAUAUUGAAAGCUACCGGAUUGAAAGUCGCCACGCAAAACUACGAAUACACGUCGUCAGGGAUUACGCAUCAGGGACAGAAUGUCUACGCGAUUAUUCAGGCGCCGCGAGGAGAUGCCACCGAAGCUAUUGUGCUCGUGGCGGCAUGGAAUACCGUGGAGGAUGAGCUAAAUUUGAAUGGCGCCACGCUUGCGCUUACGUUGGCGAGAUACUUUAAGCGGUGGUCACUGUGGUCGAAGGAUAUUAUUUUCUUGUUUCCGCCGGACAGUAAGGCAGGCACUCAGGCGUGGAUUGACGCAUACCAUGAUAUGCAGCCGGCGUUUGUGCAGCCCCUUCCCUUGAAGAGCGGUGCUUUGCAGGGAGGCUUGGUGAUUGAAUACCCGUUUGACCAUCGCUUCGAGUCUCUGCAUAUUCUCUAUGACGGUGUUAAUGGCCAGUUGCCCAACUUGGAUUUGUUCAACACGGCUAUAUCUAUUACCGGUGGGCAGAUGGGCAUCGGGACCAAUCUGCAGGAGAUGUGGGAUCACGAUGAUAGUUACGAGAUGCGGUUGCAGACCAUUAUGAGAGGAAUGGUCAAGCAGGGCUUUGGCUAUGCCACGGGUCCUCACAGCAGUUUCAUGCCGUAUCACAUUGAUGCUAUCACCCUCCAGACGAAGGGCGAAGGCUGGCAAGAUGAGAUGGCACUGGGCCGCACAGUUGAGAGUCUCUGCCGCAGCUUGAACAACCUCCUCGAGCACCUGCACCAGAGUUUCUUCUUCUAUCUUCUCAUGCAGACCAACCGGUUCGUCAGCAUCGGCACAUAUCUCCCUAGCGCGAUGUUGAUUGCCGGUAACUUCACCAUUAUGGCAAUCGCUCUCUGGCUCCGGACAGGCUACUACCCUGGCUCGCAGCAAGCCUCGAAGCCCACGAAAGAACAAGUUGCAACCACAGCUACCGAGAAGCACGACGACAAACAAGCACCACCCGCGAAAGCAGACACCAGUAACAACAUCAUAGAACGUCAACUGGCCCUCCCGCUCACUCUCGUCGUCAGCCUCCAUCUCCUGGGUCUAAUCCCCCUCUACAUCUUCAACAACAUCCCCCACCAGUACUACCCAACAGCAACCUACACCAGCAUCCUCGCCAACUUCAUCCUCCCCCUCCUCCUCUCCGCCACCCUAUUCCACACCCUAACCCCCCACCCACAACAAUACCACCUCAUUAAAUCCUUCUCCCUCCUCAUCCUCGGCCUCUUCCUCUCCACCCUCGCAACCCUCAACUUCUCUCUCUCCUUCAUGGUCGGUCUCCUCUGCGCCCCGCUAAGCUUCAUCCACCGCAUCAACCCGCAAACCACCUCCCGUACCCUCAGAUACAUCCUCAGUACGCUCGCUUUGGCACUAUUGAAUGUGCUUUCCCCGCCUGUCGUUCUGCUCGCAGCGUGCUGGUACUUCGGCGCUGAUGUCGAGACGGUCUUGACGCAAGCCGCUUUCGGGUGGGAUGUCUGGGGCGUAUGGACGCAGGUCGUUGUUUGGUGUGUUUGGUGGCCUGCUUGGGUGGCCGGGUGUGCGUUGGUGGGGUUCUCGUUGUUUUCGUCUUGAUCGAAUGAGAAUAAGUUGAGUUUAUGUUGUGGGGAGUCGGACCAGGGGCUUCAAUACAUGACUGAUGGGUAGAAGAAGUCUUACGUAGGUGGAGGCAAGGAUGGAUAGAUCAAUAGUUCGUUGUUUCUUUUUCUGUUUCUGUAUUAUAAUAGGC